UCAAAGAUUAUUAAAGCCGGUCAAACGCAAAAAUGGUUAGGGGCUUUACGUGGCAUUUUGCUCGCCUCACAACCCACACAUUUGGAGCGACAUUUUUUCGAAGGCUCAAACCUGAUUGAAGCACAAACCAGGAUAUAUAGUUAUAGAUCUCGAUAAUGGAGACUCAGUUACUGUUUGAUUCCGUGCCAAAAUGGCGUUUCUAAUUCCAAUAACGUUAACUCUUUUCGUCGCCCUUGGGAUGGAAAUCAAUGGCAAUCCAAUGCCAGUACCUCAAACAUACAGUGAUUUGGAUUACUACCCUGACAGCAGUGGAGGCGAUAAUCUGGAUGAUUAUGCAUAUGGCAGUGCGGGAGCCAAUCCGGCUCAACAAGAAUCAGAUAUCCCCAGAGACGAGGAUGGCAACUACAUCGUCGGAGACAUGAUCCUCUCUCCCGAACAAUACAAGGCCGACUUCCUGGGAGAGGAUCUUCGUAGCGGAAUCAGAGGUGAUAAAUAUCGCUGGCCUGGUGGAAUCAUUCCCUAUAGAAUGGACGGGACCUUAACUAGUUCUGAACGAAGGGACGUCGUUGGCUCGAUCGGGAGGUUUAACAAAAUCAUGGCUGGGUGUUUAAAGAUCAGAGAGGCUUUCCAGUCUGAGAGUGCCUAUGUGAAAGUUCAUCAUGGUCGAGGUGGUUGCGGAUAUUCCUCCGUUGGUCGGCAAGGCAGCUCUCAGACUUUGAGUAUCAGUGGCGGGUGCUUCACCGACGACACCAUCCUACACGAGUUUAUUCACGCUUUUGGUUUCUAUCAUGAGCAAUCGCGUCCAGAUCGCGAUCAAUAUGUGACCAUUGUCACCGAAAAUAUUAGCCCGAGUAAUCGGAAUAACUUCAAUUUGAGAGUCAAUGACUUGACUUUCAACGUGCCCUACGAUGGCCUGAGUAUCAUGCACUACUCUUCCAAAGCGUUUUCAAGAAACGGAAAAGACACUAUCAUAUCGAAGAUCCCUGGCGUUCCGACUUCUAGGUUGGGUAGAGGCGACAAAAUGACCAAGCUCGAUAUCUUGAAACUCAAGCGCAUGUACGGGUGUUCAGAGACUUCCGAGCCAACCACCGAGAUUCCAACAAUCAAACCUAUAAACCCAACCAGUCCAAGCAGUUCGACAGAGUCAAUUGCUUCGAUCCUAGGACUUUUGGGAUCGGUCAUCGAUCCAGAUCAAGUUCAAAGCGGUUAUGACACCGGAGACUACACCUCUUUUGAAGGUGACUAUGGUGCGUCUUCCCAAGCCGGAACUGGGGAAGAAUAUGUGUCGGUUGGAUCUAGUGACGACUACUACUAGAAGACAUUUGCAACCAACUUUCAACUCAAACGUGUGAUUUGUGCGUAGACGAUCACUUUAUUUUGACGGAUAUCACACAUUUGCGGUCGCAUAAAUUUGAGUUAUAUUUGGCUCACUAAUAAACACCAAUGAUUGAGA